AUGGCGAAAAAGAAAGGAAUCAGCCUUGAGGACAUGCCCCAACUUCAGAAGUCCCCUUCGCAGGAUUCAAAACGAUACAAGCUUGAUAUUGACGAUCGCAGGGAGUUCCCUUCGUUAUCGGGCGCACCGCAAGCGCAACAGAAUACUUCCUCGCAGCAGAUGUGGGCGAAUCCUACGAUACGAGCCGCCCAGCAAAACCAACAGAACACGAUUGGACGUCCACAGGGCCAAGGACAACAGCAAGGGCAAGGGCAGGCUGCACAAGCUGCGAACCAACAACAGCAGAACCAGGGACAGGAUGAUUCAUCCCAAAGCCAGUUUUCUGGCGCAGGUGAUGAUUAUCGAUUUGGCGGACAAGGGGGUGUAGGACAGUUGGGGGGUGUCCAACCGCAGACAAGCAACGUUGAGGAAUUCCCUCCAUUAGGUGGCGCCGGCGGAGAUAUUCCACAGGAUCGAAGGGCUGGCCUGAUACAGAAUGCAGCGGCAUUUGGUGCCAACGGAAACAACGCCUUCCCUGGGCUUGGACAGACACGGAAUGGCCUCUCAAGCCCGACGGAUAGCCAGCAAGACAGGAGCAUCAACCCCACUGUAGGUGGUAGGGCGCUACCAGGCACAGCAUCGCGGUCACCGUUUGAGAACAUGCGAACAGGCAACCAAGCAGAUGGAAACCAACGGAUAGGACAGUCAGGGAACAUGUUUUCUCUAGGUCCUCAGAUGGGCAUGCGAGGUGGUGCCGAUCUUGCCCCAGGAGGCCAACGACCGCAGCAGAACCAGUUUGACCAAACGUUUGGAGCAGACGUUCUCGGCUCUCCUAACGCGCAAAACAUGCUGCAUAAGAAGCUGUCAGACAUGACAGACUCGGAGCGAUAUGGCCUGCCUGGGCUGUUGUCAAUGAUACCUAUGGACAGUCCUGACUACUCUUCGCUGGCUAUGGGCCAAGAUUUGACAGUCCUGGGCCUGGACCUGAGUCGGCCAGAUAACUCACCGCUACAUCCCACUUUUGGUUCACCGUUCGUUGAGUCCAACGUCAAGCCAGUGAUACCACCGGAUUUUACUCUACCAGCAGCAUACACCGUUACCAACGUUCCACCGCUGCAUUCCAAGAUGUCGAGCUUCUCUGCGGAGACACUUUUAGCUAUCUUCUAUCAGUUCCCGCGAGAUAUCCUGCAAGAAAUUGCCGCACAAGAACUGUACAACCGCGACUGGCGGUGGCAUAUGAAGCUACAGCAGUGGAUGAUGAAGGAUCCGGAUCUCGCAGCGCCCAUAAGACUGUCGCCAAAAGAAGAGCACGGCUGGUAUCUGUUCUUCGAUGUCAAGAACUGGAGGAGAGAAAGGAAAGAGUUUGACCUCAACUACGAUCACCUUGAUCAGCGCCACGGCAGCCCUGCUAUGGCGGGACAGAUGUAG